CCAGGUCACCGGGAUUUUUUUAUAAUCUAGAAAAAAUUUUUUUAAGGAGAAAAAAUUAAAAAAUAGUAGAUUUCCGGGAUAUUUAAUCAAAUUAUUAGGUGCGCAAGAAUUCAUUGCAACUUCUACAAAACCAGGCUUACAUUCACACCAAUAGUUAAUGCAAGCCGAGUUGUCAGCUUUGCAUUGAUCAUCUCUCCAACAAUAUCCGCGCAAAAUAGGAAGACAUGUUGAGUUGCCGACUGCAAUAUUGUUACUUUUGCAUACACACUUUUCUGUUGAGCAUGUCGAGUGCCAGAUGUCGCUGCACUCCGUCUCGUCACGGCACGAGAACAGACUAAUAGCUGAAAUAGGAUACGGCAGUGAAUCCAGGUCUGCAUUGACACUUGUUAUUCGAACAAUGGAAGAAAUCACCAGAACAUUGACUGUUUUUCGAGCAAACUUGGUCCAGAACAGGUAUACAGAAAAUUUCAUUGUAUGCAAAAUGGUUGCUACGGCAGAUACAUACAUUUGAUACGCAUAUUGAAUUUCGUGUCACAUUGCAUUGAUCGUGCUUUGUACAUGAUCGUCCUAACACAACUGU